UAAGUGCACCAGAAAAUGUCUCUUCUUGCUCCGCAAACAGGUGUAGUAAAGUAUGCAAAACAUGGUGAUCCACAGAGGCCAGAGGGCGAAGCCGAAAUCCAGAUCAAUCCUCAUACUCACCUUGUCAAUAGCCGCCAUUGCUUUCUUGUUCCUCUUCUCUUCCUUUUUCUCCACAAAUCUCUUCUCCCUUUCCAGUAACAAAUCCAUACGGGACCUCAUAGUUAUUCACUCCAGGAACAGACCGCGUAAAGGACAUGACAAAUUCCUCUAUUGGGGGAGCAGAAUCGACUGCCCUGGGAAGCAUUGCGACUCCUGUGCGGGUCUCGGUCACCAAGAGUCCAGCCUCCGGUGCUCCCUUGAAGAAGCGUUGUACCUUCAGAGAACAUUUGUGAUGCCUUCCAGGAUGUGCAUCAACCCAAUACACAACAAGAAAGGGAUUCUUCAUCAUUAUGCCAAUUCAGGUUCUGAGGAAGGGUGGGCAGCUAGCUCUUGUUUUAUGGAUUCUCUGUAUGAUUUGGAGCUCAUAUCAGACAAAGUUCCUGUUAUUCUGGACAACUCGAAAAUGUGGCAUCAGGUUCUUGCCACAAGCAUGAAAUUAGGUUCCAGAGGGGUUGCUCAUGUGAGAGAUGUCAGUCGAACUGAACUCAAAGAAAAUAGUCUAUACUCGAAUAUGUUGCUGAUAAACCGAACUGCAAACCCCCUUUCAUGGUAUUAAUGAUGGUAAACAUUCAGGUUCAUGGAGUGCAAGGAUCGAACCAAUCAUAGUUCUGUCUUAUUGCCUUUUUCUUUCCUUCCUUCAAUGGCCUCAAAGAAACUACGAGAUGCAGCAAAUAAGAUCAAAGCACUUAUGGGAGAUUAUGAUGCUAUUCAUGUGCGCAGAGGAGAUAUCCUCAAGACAAGGAAGGAUAGGUUUGGGGUUCAUCGAAGUUUACAUCCUCAUCUGGAUAGAGAUACACGUCCAGAGUUCAUUCUUUGCAGAAUUGCUAAAUGGGUCCCACCUGGUCGGAUUCUUUUCAUUGCUUCUAAUGAGAGAACACCGGGUUUCUUUUCAACUAUGUCUGUAAGGUACAAGUUGGCCUAUGCUUCAAACUAUAGCAGGAUUUUGGAUCCAUUGGUUGAAAACAAUUAUCAGCUGUUCAUGGUGGAAAGGUUAAUCAUGAUGGGAGCAAAAACAUUCAUCAGAACAUACAAAGAGAAUGACAACGAUCUUUCUCUUACAGAUGAUCCUAAGAAGAACACCAAGAUAUGGCAAAUACCUGUUAAUCAUACAACUUAUCCCAAAGAUUGCUGAAUACUGAUUAAUUCUUACUCAAGAGUUGCUGUGGCUUUUUUCAAAGAAAAAAAUUUAAGACCAAUCUUUGUUUAAGGUGUGUACUUUUGAUUUUAAGAUAGGUGUCAAGAGCGCAUGUUAAUUGUAAUAUUGUAAAUUUUGUGGACUUUUAUGAAGGCUAAACCCAUAAACAAAAUUGAGGUGUUGGAAGUUUUUAUUGUUUUUCCAAUGUUGAUUUAA